CGCUUUCGAACAGAAUUCUUCUCGCGUCUGGUGGUGCAACGGAACUGAAAUCCUACUCAUUGACGUUGACGAACACGGCCACAUCAGCAAAUGUUCAACGGCAAUUACUUGCUCUCGCGCACUGAGUCUUCCUCGCCGUGCCAAACGGAUGAUGGAAGCUACAUCUACACUCAAGGCUCCAUGCAUGACGUGGCUCGGGACAUUAUUUCUAAGCGGCAUGCAGAGCCCGAUGCGUUCUUUGUCUGCGACCUGCGGGAAAUAGGCAAGAAGGUCCAGCUCUGGAAAGAAUGUCUGCCACGGGUCGUGCCUUUUUACGCUAUCAAGUCCUGUCGAGACCCUGUGGUAUUGAACGCCCUCAACAAUCUAGGCGUCAACUUCGACUGCGCCAACAAGCCUGAAUUGAGCGCUGUUCUGAACAUGGGCGUUUCUCCAGAUCGCAUAGUGCUCGCCAGCGCAGUCAAGUGCUCGUGGGACAUUGAAUUCGCUCUAAAACAUAACGUCACCCUCAUGACAUUUGAUUCAGUUGAAGAACUCUCCAAGGUCGAAGACAAAAACACGAGGCUGCUGCUCAGAAUCUUUGCUGACGAGACGGGAUCGUACCAUACGUUCAACAACAAAUUUGGCUGCUCAUUCUAUGAUGCGAAGCGAAUUCUGCAAGAAGCCCGGACGAGAGGGUGCAAUGUUGUCGGUGUAUCGUUUCACGUGGGCAGCGCCUACGAGGUCCCUGAGAUCUUCGGCCACACAAUCAUGAAGGCAAAAGCUGUAUUUGAUUUGGCAGAGAGCAUGGGUAUUUACAUGACAGUACUAGACAUCGGUGGAGGCUUACCCGGAGGACUGAGAAAGCUUGACAAGUUUUUUAAGGUGUGCGAGAGUAUUCGUUCGGCGACUGAUCUUCACUUCCCGGCAUCGAGUGGCGUAGAGCUCAUCGCAGAGCCAGGACAGUUUUUCGUCACGUCAUGCUAUGCGCUGGUCGCACAGGUCAUUGGCAAAAGGCGCAGAGAUAUCGUAGUGGAUGGAAUAAAUCAACCUCAUCAAGACGUGUUCAUCAAUGAAUCCAAAAACAACUGCAUAUCACGCCAUCUUUACGACUUCUUGGAUGUGGGAUACCGGCCACUGCAGGAGCCACUGGAGAGACCGCACGACAAGCUGACUACUGUUUGGGGAGGCACCUGCGACCCAGUGGACUGCAUGGAGAACGCGAAGCCCCUAUUCGAUGUCGGCGUUGGCGAGUGGUUGCUUAUGGACAACAGCGGUGCGUACGCACUGAACAACGCAACAGGCUUCAACGGAAUGCCAUUUCCGGUGGUGCAUUAUAUCGUGCCGCAAGACAGCGUUAGCUAUGUGUGCCACAUACUCGACGCUUCGCCUUUGCGCAGUGGCUACAGCCAGCCCGAAAGCGCGCUGAAGAAAGUUGUCCUGGAUCUUUGGAAAGCAGAAACUGCGAGACGCAACUCGCGGAAUAUGGCGCCGCCCAGUGCAGCCAGACCUACUUGACAUUACUGCUGCAUUGGCAAUGUUUGCUCAAAUUAGAAACGUAUCCUUUUAUA